GGAAGAUAAGCUCAAAACUUUCCAGGGAACCCAGACAACUCCAUUUUUUUAAUUCCAACCUCAUUUAAAGAUUAAAACCCCACCUGACCGACAUUCGAAACAAUUUAUUUCUCCCCAAAAUUCCAGUGAUUCUCUUAAUUUAUUAUUUUCCCCCUAUCUUAAGUACCCAGGAGUUUUUAAUGCGUUGAAGGACGCAGGGUGGAAGGAGGAGGGGAUUAAACCGAUUAAUUACAGCAGCGGGUAUGGCGAUAUCUGAUGCUGUGAUUGGGAAUUUGACGACGAUCUAUGUGGCGGUGAUAGCAGGGAUUAAGGCGUAUGGGCUGGUCAGUGGGCGGAACUUCAGUGGUGGAUUUGUGCUGAUUAUUUCUACCGCCGUGGUGGCCGUCGUCAUGAUUGGAACCCUGGCGUGGGAUAUCUUACGUAAAGCCACCUACGCCGUCUCCCGCGAUCACGUUCAUGUCCACAAGAUGUGCAAGGGCGGUAUCUGCUGGCACGGCGUGGCGGUCCGGUCGCCCGCUUCCCAGGUUCGGUUCCGGCUCCCUCAACAUCUUCCUUACGGUUCUCUGUGAAUUAGAUGAAUUGCAGUCCUGAAUUGCCUAAUUUAGUUAUUAAGAGCUGUGAGGUGUUGGUGUUUUUGAUUGAGAGGAAUAAGCUACUGUGUAUAUAAACAAUAAAAUAACGUACAAGUGAGGAAUAUGUUUGUGUAUAAAUAAUUCUCCAUUGUUUUCCUUCUUCUUCUUUUUUUUUUUUUUUUCUACUUUUUGCUGUUGCAAACUUUGUUCGGUCUAAAGUUGUGCUUUGAAUUGAAAAAGGAAAAGAGCAUUUGGAAUUUGGGUUAUUUCCUCCAGCUCCUAUACAGCAGGGGAAUGCAUGGAAUUCUAUGAAUCAAAAUUUUCUGAUUUCUUUUGAGGGGCUUUGAAGGGUGUUGUGGAUUUCAAACAAAACAGGGGAAGUUGUGAGAAUUGAUGAAUAAUUAGAUAAAUGUUGGUUGAGCUGGGAAGUAGAACAGUCUAAAAUAUGGCUCCGUUCGUUAUGUGUUUACAGAAAUUCUUGCACUUUAUUUGACAAUUCCUUCUCUAUUUGGGUUAUACACUUAUACACUCUGUUUCUGGUUUUGGACAUGAAUGAACAAGACGAAGUAUU